GAGAAGGACUUUGGAACUGAAUACAUUCAUAAUGACUUCGUUCAGUAGUGGGUUACUGAACUAAACACUCGUCGAUAUCUAGUCGAAAACUUCAGUAAAGAUAUAUCUCAUGUAAUUGAUGAUUGAGUGUAACGUUAAGUAAGGAAAAUGGCUUCUUCGGUUAGGUCAGCUUUACUGUUUUGCCACCCAUCUAUGGAAGGUCUGGCUGAAGACAUUGCAAAAAAGUGCUGUGCAGCAAAUUCAGAGCCAUUCAUCCCGGUUGUGACUCCAGUUUCCCCUUUUUCUUUUGCCGAGUCUGCAGCAGAAGAAAGGCGACUGAAGAAAUUUCAACAGGUUCAAUUUGUCAAGACGAUUCAAUGGGAUAAGUUCAAAGAUGGAUGGCCUAAUCUCUUCAUUGAGAAAGUCAGAGAAUGCGCUGGAAGGGAUGUCAUAUUUCUUGGAAGUUUUCAUUCCCCUGAGGUGGUGUUUGAGCAACUCUCAAUAAUCUACCAUAUGCCAAGGUAUUUAGCCAGAUCAUUCAAAUUUAUUCUACCCUAUUUUCCCACCGGUACUAUGGAGAGGAUAGAUACAGAAGGACAAAUAGCUACAGCUAAGGUUCUGGCAAUGCUGCUUUCUGCUAUUCCUUCAACGGCUCGGGGACCAGCUCAGAUUGUCAUGUUUGAUAUUCAUGCUCUGCCUGAGAGAUUCUACUUCUCUGAUCAGGUUAUUCCAAGACUGGAAUCGGCCAUUCCCUUACUAGUGAAGGAAAUCUUUAACAUGCCAGAUGAUAUCCAGGCAAACCUUAGUGUUGCAUUUCCUGAUGAAGGUGCAUAUAAGAGAUUUCAUCAAAUGUUUGAAGAUUUUCCAAGUAUACUCUGUACUAAGAUACGAGAUGGUGAUCAUAGGAUCGUCUCUAUUAAGGAGGGUAAGUUCUUCUAGUUUGGUUUCUCAUGUCAACCUGCUUUUUCUUC